AUGGACGAUGCUGAUCGGCAGCUGCUCCGGCGGUGUCGGCUGAGACUAGUCAGUGAGCUGCAGGUGGCCGAACUCUGGGACUCACUGCUCGGCCGCGGGCUCUUCACGCCUGACAUGAUCGAGGACAUCCAGCGGGCAGGUUCUGGAUCUCGGCGGGAUCAGGCCAGACAGCUGAUCACAGAUCUAGAGACUCGCGGGAGCCAGGCCCUCCCUUUGUUCAUCUCGUGUUUACAGGACACAGGCCAGGAUGUGCUGGCUUCACUCCUGAGCACAAGUUGCGGAGCAGUACAGCGGGACCUGGAAGCCAUCAGACUCCCCGACUAUGAACUCGAACCAUUGCGCCUCAACCCGGGUACUCCAAAAUGGGGAAGAAAUGCUGAUUUGGCAUACGUGAUGGACGCUGACCCUUGUGGCUACUGCCUCAUUAUCAACAAUGUGAACUUCUGCCUCAAGUCGAAUCUCAGCACCCGCACUGGCUCCAAUAUUGACUGUGACAAGUUGCAAAAACGCUUCCGCUUGCUGCAUUUCACGGUGGAGGUGAAGUGUGACCUGUCCGCCAAGGAAAUGCUCCUGGCUUUGAUGGAGCUGGCACAGAGGGACCACGGUGCCCUAGACUGCUGUGUGGUGGUCAUUCUCUCCCAUGGCUGUCAGGCCACUCACCGCCAGUUCCCGGGAGCUGUCUAUGGCACAGAUGGGUGUCCUGUGGCCAUCGAGAGAAUUGUGAACCUCUUCAAUGGGACCGGCUGCCCCAGCCUGGGAGGAAAGCCCAAGCUCUUUUUCAUCCAGGCCUGUGGUGGGGAGCAGAAAGACCGUGGGUUUGCGGUGGCCUCUGCUUCUCUCAAAGACAGCGCAUCUGGCAGUAACACUGAGUCAGAUGCUGCCCCAUUCCAGGAAAGUCCAGGGGAUUCUGACCAGCCGGAUGCCGUGGCUAGUUUGCCCACACCCAGUGACAUCUUUGUGUCUUACUCCACAUUCCCAGGUUUUGUCUCCUGGAGGGACACCAAAAAUGGCUCCUGGUAUGUUGAGACACUGGACCACAUCUUUAAGCAGUGGGCGGCCUCUGAAGAUCUGCAGAUCCUCCUCCUCAGGGUGGCAAAUGCUGUUUCAGAGAAAGGGAUUUACAAACAGAUGCCAGGUUGUUUCAACUUCCUUCGGAAAAGACUUUUCUUUAAAACUUAA